AUGCUGUCGGCGCUUGGAUCCGGCGCCACUAAUGUGCGCCACACGGUCGGUCAAGUGCUCAAUUUUGCUCUUGUUCUAUCGACUGCUUUCAUGCUAUGGUACCACAAACCUCCCGUGGACCCCCGAAGACUGUGCCUUAACUCUCAGCAGGAAAGGAUUGAGCAUAGCCUCUGCUUCAAGCUCACCCAUUGUGGUGGUUUUGUCCGGAUCGAUGUUCGUCAAAUCACCUCGAAAAUAUACAAGCGUCUCAAGUCUCACACCAUAUCUGCAGGGAGCCGGCAUUUCAAAGGGGAGACCUCCUUUUCCUUUGGAACCGAGGCCCUCGGGCUGAAGUUGGGGAGGUCGUGGUCUACAGACAUUCCUAUUGUGCACCGUGUUGUCCGAACAUACCCCGAGCUCGAGAACAAGACCAAGAAAGUGAAGGAAAUCACAACGGACAGCACACCUUCUCACUUGCUACUGACCAAGGGCGACAACAACGUGGCGGACGACACCGAGCUCUAUGCUCAAAACCAAGACUACUUGAACCGAAGCGAAGAUAUCGUCGGCAGCGUUCGAGGCUACAUCCCCGGUGUUGGCUUUGUCACAAUCAUGCUGUCUGAAUAUCCUUGGUUGAAGACAGCUCUUCUCGGUUUGAUGGGAUUGAUGGUCUUACUGCAACGAGAGUAA